AUUUUUAUGCCACCUAAAAAUAAAGGUUUAAGUGCUAAAGAAAAAAGAGAUAGAAUUAUGAAAAUAUUCACUGAAAGAAAAGAAGUUUUUAGUUAUCCAUAACUAGAAAAAGAAGCUGAAAAAGUUGGUAUUAGAAGAGACAAUGUUAAAGAUAUAUUAGAAAGUCUUUUAUCUGAUAAUCUUGUUGAAACUGAAAAUUUAGGUACCAGUAAAUGUUAUUGGUCAUUACCAAGUUAAGCUUUAAUUAGAUUAUAAUAAAAAUGUGCUGAAUAUGCUGAAAAAAUUGAUUAAGAAAGAUAAAAAGAAAUUGAAAUUGAAGCACAAUUUGAGUCUAUGAAAGAAGGUAGAGAAAAUUGUUAAUAAAGAACUGAACUUGAAAAUGAAAUCAAUUAAUAUAAAUCACAAUAUUCAGUUCUACUUAAAAACUUUGAAGUCAAAUAAAAAAAUGACCCACAAAGAUUAUAAAAACUAAGUAAUCUAUUAUCAUUAUUAAUAUUUUAGAAAAAGAAACAGCUAAUUUGAGAUAUGAUGCUAAUUCAUGGACUGAUGACAUUAUACAAUUAUCAUUCUAUCUCAAAUCCUAAGCAGGAAUGACUUCAGAAUAAUUAGAUUAAUUAGGAAUACCUACAGAAAUAGAUAACAUUUGA